AUGGCGGAGCCGUCCAUCGCAAACUUCCUCCUCCGCUCCCUCCUGCCCCCCGAUGCCGCCGAAUUCAUCCACCAAAACGCGUUGCACCCGUCGUCCCCACUCCAGCAGCUCCGCGCCCAGGCCCAGUCGGCGGCCUCGCGCGCCCUCGACCAGCUUUACCCCUACCUUGCGCCCGCCGUCGACGCGACCCUCGGGUUCCUGCACUCGUCGCCUGAGUUGGUGAGCUUCGCUAUCCUGCUGGCACUGCUGGCCGCUACGGUAGUGGUGCUCAACUGGAUCCGGCGCGUCGUGGCCUUCUGGACGGCACUGAUCCUGCGGCUCGCGUUCUGGGCCAGCGUCGUCGUCGUCGUCGCCGCCGUGUGGCAGAGAGGCGUCUGGGAGACGGCGCGGGACGCCGUCGUCGUUGGCGGCAAGGUGGUUGGGUUCGCGGCGGCCGUCAAGGACGUCUGGGUCAGCGAGUACAACAGGUACGAGCAGGAGACCCAGGUGCAGGGGAGCAGGUACCGGUAA